AUGAAGCUUUCUUCUUCUGGAUUUAAUCAACCGGGUGAAGAAGAAGGUAGUGGUAACUUCUUUGAUUCUUUCGUUUUGUGCAAAUUGUUUGUAUGCCGUUCUGCCCUGUCCCCCCCACUUUUGAGAAAAAUUCUCAUGUCUUGUCUUGACCUUUGUUUUGUGUUGGUGGUUCUUUUGUCUUUGCACGGGUUUGGAGGGAGAGGACAGCGAUACACUAAUAGUACUCUACUUGUAGUGUCGGUGGUGCUGAGUCUGCUGGUGUGUGCAGUUUAUGAUUUUAAGUUUGAGGUGACAAGUUUGGAUUGUGGGCAGAAAAAAUGUUUGAAUUCUGAACUUUGGCAUGCAUGUGCUGGCCCUCUGGUUUCUCUGCCUCCUGUUGGAAGUCGUGUAGUCUACUUUCCCCAAGGUCACAGUGAGCAGGUUGCUGCUUCAACCAACAGGGAAGUAGAUGCACAUAUUCCCAAUUACCCUAACUUACCACCGCAACUUCUCUGUCAACUUCACAAUGUGACAAUGCAUGCGGAUGCUGAAACAGAUGAAGUGUAUGCGCAAAUGACUCUGCAACCUCUAAGUCCACAAGAGCAAAAGGAGGUGUAUCUUCUACCUGCUGAAUUGGGCACCCCCAGCAAGCAACCAACGAACUACUUCUGCAAAACAUUGACAGCAAGUGAUACCAGCACUCAUGGGGGAUUUUCUGUUCCUCGGAGAGCAGCUGAAAAAGUCUUCCCUCCUCUU